UAACCUUCGCUCCAACUACCUUGACGGGGACUCGCUUCAGAAGGUUGUACAAAUGACGUAUAUCUAUUCGAUUGAUAUCACCUCCAACCAGCUCACCGGAACCAUCCCCCAAGAGAUAACCACCCUCCAGCAACUCGGAGUGCUUGAUCUUAGCUCCAACUACCUUGAUAGGACCAUCCCCGAUAAAAUAUCCGACCUCACGUAUCUCUCUGUGCU